AUGAAUUUGUUGUUACUUGUGAACUUCUUUAUUUUUGCUCUCUAUUUUGUAAAUGGUUCAAAUAAUAUUAUUUCAAACACAAACCAAGUGGUUAAAACUCCAACGGACGCUUUCUAUGAUAUUGUAAAUGUUUUUAAGGAAGUUCGUAAGAUUCAAAAGCAUGCAUAUAUGGACGACCUAUUUGCAUUGAGAAAGGAAACUGACUUUGAUGAAGAAUGUAAAGAAAUUCUAUCUGAUAUUAUAUCUACAAGGGAUCGGGUGACUAACCUAAAGAGUGGAAAGAAAAAGAAAAGUCGUUUAAGAACCAAAACAUUAGAGAAAUGUGUGGAAACAUAUAUAAAUCAUCAAAUUCAUGAUGUCAAUAAUUCAAACAAGGAUAAGUUAGCAAAAACUUUAUAUGCCCUGAGAGCGCAAGAAGUAACUAUGUCCAUGGUUACCGAAAGAAAUCUUUGGAGUAUUCUAAAACAUAUUAAAUUUAAACUUGAAGAAUAUGGUUUGGUAGAAAAGCGAAGUGAAAAAGAAUUAGAAGCUUUUCCAACAGAACAAGAUGGGGUACAUAGUGCGAACACAUUGCUCUUUUUGGUUAAAGGUAUGUUUGGGUUGGGAAUUUGUGUAGUUUUUGGUUCGGCCAUUUGUUUAACAGCGAUGGGAUCACUAAUUUCAAUUCAAAUAAUUUUAUGGAUGUUAAUUUUAGUCAAGUACCUAGCAAGAUAG